AAGUCUUAAGCAUUUGACCGGAACAUGAGUUACUGCAUCGAGAGUUGUCUGCCUGCUAUGAAGUCGCGCUAGAAGGGUAGCUGAGAUUAGCAUCGUCUAGAAAGCACACGUACUCGUUAUCUUACAUUUAAAAACACAUUACGUAAACUAUUCAACUACGAUGCCUGUGGCAGUAGGACCAUAUGGACAGGGCCAGGGCCAGCCCAGCUGUUUUGACAGAGUCAAGAUGGGCUUCAUGAUGGGCUUUGCGGUUGGUAUGGCAGCAGGUGCCAUGUUUGGGACAUUCUCUUGUUUAAGGAUCGGAAUGAGGGGGCGCGAACUGAUGGGAGGAGUGGGCAAGACCAUGAUGCAAAGCGGGGGGACGUUUGGAACGUUCAUGUCCAUUGGGAUGGGAAUCCGCUGCUGAAGAUUGUCUCCAAUUGUCACUCAUCGAACUUCCAAAAUGGGACUUUUAUUACAGAGCAUGGCGCCUCUGAGAUUAAGAUUCAUUCUUGAUUAAAGAUGAUUGGGGAACUCCACACUAGCUGUUUUUUUAGUUCAGUUCAAACAAUAUCUUGGGAAAUGCCUGAUAAUGUCACCAUCUCUGUAGAUCUGCUGGAACAGAGUGUUUGUGGCUCUGUGGUGGGCUACGUUUGUUAAAUAAAAGCUGUGAUUUCAAA